AUGAUCAUGCAUUUGUUGAUGAAGGUUGGUAAAGCCCUGGAGCCUUCUGUGUUCUGGAUCGACGACUGCGAGACGAUGUUUCUCAAAAAGAAAGACAAAAAGGACAAAUCCAAGCCUCAGAAAUGGGUCAAGCUGUUCAAAAAAACCUUCAAGAAAAUUAAAAACGGAGACCGGAUGAUGUUGAUUGGGACCACAAAGCGGCCAUAUUUGUGUAAAGGUACCUUAUCGAAAUUCUUUGAGAGAUCAGUGGUGGUACCUUACCCGGAUUAUGCCAGUAGCCAAAAAUCUACCGAUCUAUCGCAGGUGACAACCGGCUUCACCGUGGAAGCGAUCAAAGCUGCCUGCACGGAGGUGCUCACCAAGGAAAGAGUCUCCUCUAUCAACAGGUUCAGGCCUUUGACCGCAUCCGAGUUCGUGGAGCAGAUCGCUAAAUACGACCCCAUCUACAGGGCUGAGCAUGAAGCGUUCCUGUCCUGGUUUGAAAAAACGCCGAUGAUGAAGAAACGACUUGAGCGCCUGGGGAUCAGUCGCACUAAGACUACAAAAGAUGACAAGAAAGGAGGAAAAGGAAAGAAAGGAAAAAAGGGGAAAGGAGGAGGGAAAAAGAAAAAGAAGUAA